CCAGCCUCGGUCGAGUGCGUCUUUCCACGCACAGCUCGUCAGUGGUCGCCGAGUAGGCCGUGGGAGAGGAUUUCUGUUUGCGCUUCGAAUUUCGUCGUGUCGCGGGUGUGCACCAAAAAUUUCCGACGACGAAUCGUCAAUUACAUUUUUCAUUUUUUUUCCGCGCGUAACGCGCACACCAGCCCCGUACGCCAUGCGAGCCCAAGGGUGAAUCGAAUCUCGUACCGCGGUUGUGUUUCUCGCAGAGAACCUGGAUGCAAGAGUGCACAUGCACGCAAAGCUGGCGCGUCUCCUAGCGAACUCCUCGGCGGCCAUUUGAACGUCGCCCAUUCGUUUCGAGAAACGGAACACCGUCUCAGCGAACUCGUCUCCACCAUCCGACCAUAAUGGCGAGCACGUCGCAGCAGUACUGCCUGCGAUGGAACAACCACCGCUCGAAUUUGCUGACGGUGUUCGACGAGCUGCUGCAGAACGAGGCGUUCACCGACGUGACCCUGGCCGUGGACGGUGGCGUCUCUGUAAAGUGCCACAAAAUGGUCCUCGCGGCGUGCUCUUCCUACUUCCAGACCCUGUUCAUCAAUCUACCUUGCAAGCACCCCAUAGUCGUGCUCAAGGACGUCAAGUACUCCGAGAUCAAGGCCAUCCUGGAGUACAUGUACCGUGGGGAGGUGAAUGUGGCUCAAGAGCAGCUGGCAGGCCUGCUGAAGGUUGCGGAGGUGCUGAAGGUGAAGGGUCUGGUCGAGGAGAACGGCUCCCAGGGUCGUCGCGAGGAGGUGGAGACGUCCAUGUCGCCUCCACCAGCUAUCAGCACGAGCACCACAAGCAGCGUGGCUCACAGCAGCGGGCACACCUCACCGCCUCACUCUACGGGCACUUCCUACAACAUGUACGGGAGAUCUCCUGUGGAGCAGGCCUCGAAUCGCCUACCCUUACCCAUGUGGCCUCUCUCAGGGCUUCCCAUCUCCCACACGAGCUCCAGCCACCAGACAACCUCCCAUUCUCAACACUCUUCUUCUAUCCUGACCGGUUCCUACAACAACGGCUUCGAGACUUCUCCCCUGAAACGUAAGAAACUCUCCAAUAUGCUGAUGAACAGGGACACGCCCAUCCUCAGGACGGUCCUGGGCCAAGGCCACGCGGAUAGCUCACAAGGCAUACCUCUGUUGCACCCAGACGAGGGACACUUUCGGAACACCAGCAACGGCUCCUCGAACGAGAACGAGAGACGCAGCAGCACGGACGUCACGCACCCGGAAACCGCCCACAGCCCUUACACGGACGUCUCCAUGAUGGACGAGGACGACAAGCAGCCGUCGCCGCAGUCUUACACUGGGGACGUCAAGUCAGGUAUCGCAAACUACGUUCCAACCCAGAAGCCGGAAUGGAAGCGUUACAAACAGUACACGCGAAACGACAUAAUGUCGGCGAUAGAGGCUGUGCGGGCUGGGAUGAGCGCGUUGCAGGCGGCACGUAAGUACGGGGUACCUUCCAGAACCCUUUACGACAAGGUGAAGAAGCUGGGUAUCACGACGUCGCGACCUUUCAAGCGCGGCUCGAACGGGAGCGGCGCGUGCUUUCCAUACGGGAUCGGAGGCAAUGCGAACGGUGGCAUCUACGGCGGUACCUUCUCCGAGAACGAAAACGAGAACAGCAGUAACACGGCGAUGGAGAGUCCCGGGUCGAUAAUGGAAACGUACAAGCCUAGAGAUUGUCAGAUGGAACGCGACAUACUGGACAUAACACGGUGCAGUCCAAGUCCCAGCCCGGUGAUGCAUUCCGUCAAGCAACAGAGCAACGAGGACCAAGUGGAGGACCUCUCCGUGAGCCGCAAGCCGGACGUCCGCGUGAUAGUACCGCCAACGUCGGUGAUAAAAGAUGAAGAGGGUGUUGGCUCGGACUCCUGCAAUCACAACUAACAGAGGACAUGUUUGUUGUUUCUCGAUAUCGUUGGGAAGCUCGUCAGGCUCCCAACAGCAACUGGACGUACUAUAUCUCGGUUAUAACAGCACCAAUUGUAAGGGUUUUAGGUAAUUUAAGAGAACGGGGCUUAGACAAAAUUAUACGUGGGAGUCUACAUUGUCCUACGAAGCUGAUGGGUUGAAACUCUGUUGGGUAAUGUUUGUAGCUCGCUAUUUGUAAAGACAAUCUCACGUUUGUGCCUCAGGGGGAGCAAGGUGUCACCGAAAUGGAGGAGUAAGCAACCGAAUCGUAGCCAGUUAAGUAAGCAGAUGUUUGGCGAGACUCAGGGAUUAGCAGUAUGUUACCACUGUAACGAUAACCCAUAGAAUGCAGACGUUCAUUAGAACCAAUAAGGAUACCAAGGAUACCGAUUCUUGAGGUUCUUGAGAUUCUUCUAUUUUACACAAGACUGAUUGAUGCGUUGUGGAUAUUAGAGACUGAAAUAGGAACUUACGUUCCAAAGUUGUUAAAGCCUAAUGCUGACAAUUGUGCCUUUUACUUGCAUCGAUGAUCCUUGUCUGAAGUUAUCUAGCGACACUUACACUUAAUCGGGCGUUGAAGAUCCUCCGUCGAACAAUCUUACACGAUUCAUUUUAUUAUCUCGUUCUAAAAAUAUAUAUUCGAAUCGCAUUAAGCUUUAAAACUUCUGGACCAGUGAGUAUGCAUGUACAAUUUUUUAUUACUUAUUAUUGUGAUUCGAUAUCUUUUCAUUUCCUUUGGCAAUCGACAUAGUACUAUUAGAGGUUUAAUCGAGUUCGAUGGAUCGCGAGACGUGUAAAACGGGGGGUUGUAUAUUAUUUUAGCAAUUUUAUUAUUUUUCUUUCAACAAGGAUAUACUCCUAUCGUCGGCGUUAAAUACUGUCGAUGGGACAUUAUUACGCGAAAGAGGAAAAGAGAAAAAGAAUUGUACACAAUUAAUUUCGUUAACGACUGAGAUAUCGCUGUUAAUUUUGUUGGUAAUUAUAAGAUUACAUUAUCGUUACUGAUCAUGGCCCUGGGAUACAGCUGCAAUAUUGCUCAAUAUUAUAUGGAUUAUACAUACAAUAACGAACUACCUCAUCGUACAACGAACAUGAUCGUUCAUUAACGUUUAAGACUGAUAGAAUGAGCCGAACCUGCGUUACCAGCUCGACGAAACCGUGUUCAUUUUUUUCUUCUUUUUUUUUUUAUUUUAUUUUAUUUUACUGAUAUAUGUAUACACGAGAGAAGAGUAUAUAUAUACACAUACACACACAUAUAUAUAUAUAUAUUAUAUAUAAGUUAUGAAAAGUAUAUUAUAUUAUGAGAAGAUAUAAAUUUUUAAUUAUGAUAUAGUUAUAGAGUACGAGAGAGCAGUUGUCUUAAUUAUGUUACGGAUACAAUGAUUCACAGACACUAAUUUGUUACGUAAAGUCUCAGUCGUCUCUGUAAAUCGUUGUAUUCGAUAUUUCGCGUUGUCUCUUGUAUCGAGACUACAUUGUUCGAUGUGUUUUUCAUAUUAAGUUGCGUAGAUCACGAGUUUUACGCAUUUGGGGAUACUCUCGACGCGGAGAUACGUAAAUCGAUAUUUUUUUUUUAUAUAUAUAGAGAAUUUUCAAAGGAGGACUCCGUAUAUAGAGAUAUAUUGUAAUAGUCCAUCAGGUUGAGACUCUUAUAUAUUUAAAUUCAUUAUAGUGAAGAUAUACCACGUAGAGGUGUAUCACACGUUCAUUAUUGAUCUCAGAUUUUAUGAAAAGUACAAAUAGUACAAUAGUACAAUCAGUUUAAGCAGUAAUAGUAAAGGAACAUCUUGACGAUGAGACCUUUUGUAUAGUGAAGUUUGUUCGUAACAAACAGAACAGUGUUCCGAAACCCUUUGCACUCCAUGUAAUCGAGGUUGCUCGACUUCAAGGAGGUUUCUCUUAGAUCUUUGUCAGUUUAUACAACCUUUUCUCGCGAGUUACACAUUCGUACCAACGCAGUUUGCAAUGAAAGUAUUAUAUUUCAUUGUUUAUAGUUCAUCUAGCCUUGGGAAUGCGAAGGGUUAGGACUUUGUUCGAGUUCCAGACAAGUUUCUCUGUAUCGAUACCAAGAUACUCUUCAAUAAGUACAAACCAAAGCUGCCUUGAAACUUGUUUACCUCAGCAUUUAUAUACAUAGGAAAUGCCAUAGUAGUUUUUAAAGAAUAGCGAUUGAUAACGUGUUCCAUGGGUUUUUAAAUCUCAUCUGGGUUUCAUCUUUCGUUUUAAAUUCAUUUUACUCCUGACUUUUAACUGUUCAGGUCCCCCUUCUGCCUGUUGCGCAGAGAAGAUGAGAUCCAGGUGAAAUUUUAACCUACUUAGUUUCAUAAUAAACUGCGUAACACUGUACCUGCACACUAAUCGCAAAGAAAUGACUGAUCCUUGAAUUAGUGGUUGUCGCAGCCACAUAUGUAUACAUAUAGAUAAACAAAGAAAUAGCAAAGUUCAAAUAUAAAAAUAUUAUUUAUAACAAUAGGAGAGAGGUGAUAAUAGUACAAGCUACAAGUCUGACAUAGGUAAAGAAAUGAAGUUUUACAGGCGUAAACAAACUUUAGUUCAAUUUCUUUUUUUAAAGAAAGCGUAAAGGAUGGAAACUCUCAGUACGUAGGAAAAUGAUACACGAAUCGAUAAGGUAUUCAGAAACAUAUCAGCACGUUGUAAUCCGCGCUCGAAGAUGUCCUGUCGAACUUUGUUUAGAUGUUAAUUCCGUAAAGUAAGAAAGAAGAAGCAUAGCAAUAUAUCGAAUGCACAUGGAAAAAAGCUACGUGGUCUGGUACUGAGAACCGAUAAGUUUUAAUUCGUAUGGCAUAACGUUAAUGAUUUUAAUCAAUGCGUAGACGCAAUCUUGGAUGCCUUGCGAGAGCGUAGGACUUUAGGUAUUCUAGCUACUGUAUUAGGAUUGUAAAUAAUCGAGAGAGGAGGGAGAACGAAGUUGCCUUUUAUUUGUACGUAAACUUAGCUUCGUAUUAUUUCUUAAGACUGAUUUUUGCUACGUUGAGAAAGAAUUUGCACAUACACAUUCACACGCGUACGUACAUACACAUUUGAUUAAUUGUAAGUUUUUACCACCAUAAAGUACGGCUCUUGCUUUUCAUCUCCACUACGUGGAUGCGUGUUACUGGAACUGUACGAGUUUGUUAUAAAAUAUAAUAUACUGAGAAACUGCGAUAAUUGAGCGUUUUCUCCCAUUCUUCUGUGCGUGCAAAUUCC